AUGCUGUAUCUCUCAAAGAAAUAUGUUAAACUUGGACUGGCUAUAAUAACUUUAUCAGCUUUACUAUUAGUUGGACUUUAUUUAAUUCAUGCAACGAUAACUCCGACAGGAUUUAUCGCUACUAGAGUUACCACUGCUUCUCAUCAAUAUGAUUUUAAUUCUAAAGUAGAAUUUUCAAAUUCUUUAUGGUCUAAAGUACUUCAUUCAAUAUUUGGGAAUCAAACUCCAAUUCCAAUUGAAGAAGAUCCUCAUGCAAUUAUUGCAAAAUUACAAAGUUUAGAUUCUUAUGAUAAAUUAUCUUCAUUCCCAUUAGAUGCUCAUUUAUUAAAUGAUGAUAAUUCUAAUAAGAAAUAUAAACUUCGUAAUUUAAAAACUUUUGCUGAUCCUUAUCAACAUGUACGUAAUGUACCAAAUAAUUUUGAAUUUAAUUUAAAGGAUAUUUGUCCAAGAAUUGGUUAUGAUUAUUUCUUUCGUAUAUCUCCACAAUAUUUCUUAGAUGCUGAUUUUAGUUUAUUUGAAAAUUCUUUACAACAAUUACCAGCUUAUUCAAAUAUGAUUAAAAAAGCUGAUAAAAGAUUUAAACCAAAUAUUGAUCAUACAAAAAGAUGGAUAAGACAUGGAGGUUCUUCUAUAUGGUUACCACAAUAUGAUUGUCAUUAUGUUGUUAGUACAGUAUUAUAUUCUCCAACUGGUGAACCUAAUAAAGCUUUUGUUAGUUUCUUGUAUGUUCAAUUAUAUGAUAAAUCUUGGAAAGAAAUUAAAGGUUCAACAUUAACUUUACCAUAUGAACAAAAUACUGUUAAAUCAGUAGUAAAUGCUGAUGGAUCAUCUUCUUCAACUAUUUUGAAGAGAACUAUUGCCUUUAGAAAUGUAACUUAUCCUUCAAUUUUACCAAUCCCCAUUGAUUAUAGAUUGAAAACUAUUAAAGAUAAACAUCAUUUUGGUCCAGAAGAUCCUAGAAUCAUUUCUAGAAAGAAUCCAUUAGGUUUCAAUGAACCAAUCAUUGUAUUUAGUAUGAAAGUUAAGAAAUUAGGUUUAAAGAGAGUUAUGCAUGAAUAUUUACCAUUCUCUCACAAAUUAGAAAUCUUAUCCAAGAGAUCUCAUCCAUUCUCUGAUGCAGAAAGAAAUUGGACUCCAUUUAUAUCUUUAUCGAAUGUUAAUAAAGAUCAAGUGGGUAAUACUAAAUUAAAUUUUAUUAAUUCAGUAGUUCCAUUAGAAGUAGUUAGUUGUGAAAUUGAUACAGGAGUAUGUGAUUAUGUUCAGAAACCUGAAAAGAAAGAUCAUGAUUAUAAAUCUCCAAUUUUAGGAGCUACUCAAUUUGUUUCUGUACCUAUGAAUGAUUUAAUUCCAAGUCAUAUUAGAAAUAAAUUUGAGACUCCUGAAAAUAGACAAUUCUAUAUUGGAUGGGCUAGAAGUCAUUUAAAUGAUUGUGGUUGUGGUUAUUCACUUUAUAGACCUAAUUUAGUCUUAUUGGUAGAAGAUUAUAAUCCAACUACUCAUAAGUAUUACUAUAAAUUAAGCGAUAUUUCCAAUUAUUUUGAUUUUGAUGCCACAUUUGUCACUCAAGCCGUGGUUGCAUUAGAUGGAGAAGGUAAAAUAGACUCUUGUGAAGGUAGAAAUAUAUUGGUACCUAAUUCAAUUGCAUUUUGGGAAGUGAGUUCUAUUGUUAAAGAAGGACUUUUAUAUAAAAAGGUAUACUUUGAUCAUAUACCUUCUGAUGAUGGAGCUCUUGAAGUGAAGCAAGAGAUUAAUGAAAAACAGGCUCAAAACCCUCAGGGACAAGUUGAAACACCAAACCAGGACCAAAGACCGGGACAAGCCCCAGCUCCACAAGCUCCAGCUCCUAAGGAAGAGGCUGUGGCUCCAAAGGCUAAUAAUGAAGCACCCAAACCUAAUGCUGCACCUCAAGGUCAGAAUGCUGCACCUCAAGGUCAGGUUGCUGCAGGUCAAGGUCAGGUUGCUGCAGGUCAAGGUCAGGUUGCUGCAGGUCAAGGUCAGGUUGAUGCACCAAAGGAACAAGCUGAAACACCUCAAGGACAGGCUCAACCACAACCUCAAGCUCAACCACCUCAAGGACAGGCUCAACCACCUCAAGGUCAAGCGCAAGGUCAAGCGCAAGGUCAAGUGCAAGGUCAAGCGCAAGGUCAAGCGCAAGGUCAAGCGCAAGGUCAAGCGCAAGGUCAAGCGCAAGGUCAAGCCCAACCACAAGCCCAAGCCCAACCACAAGUCCAAGCCCAACCACAAGCUCAAGGUCAACCACCACGAGAAGAGGAAGUUGAAUCGUCUGAGGGACAAAUUGCCAAAAGAGAAAAACAAAAGCAAACCUCUUGGAUCCAUUUCAAUGAUUACAUGGGUGUAACAUUGUCUGCAAAUGAUAACGAUGUGACUGUUGUCCACAUUCAAGGUUUAUUAAACUAUUUACUUCGUGUUCCUUCAUUAUACGAUGAAAAGAAUGUAAUCACCGAAGAUGAUCAAUUCCAAUUGAAAGGUUAUGAUAUUAAUCAUAGAUGUGCAAUAGAAUCUUCCAUAGAAUACUGUGCUCAAGGACCUCAAAAGGGUCAUAAGGUGGGUCAAUAUAGCGGACCAGAUACGGAUUCUAAUCCAGCACCACUACCACCACUACCACCAAAAGAUUCUACUCCAGCACCACCAAAGGCCGAUCAUUAA